GUUAAAAUUUAACCCACUCACUCAAGGUACGCUCAAGCAGUUGCUGUUUAAGUCUGCCCAGACACAAUUGUCUCUCUCGCAGGCACCAAGUCAGGACUGUCAACGAGCCACAGUGGGAGAGAUUAGCACCCAGAGCUUUCACCAUGACCCACCAGUUUGUUUCCCUGACACCGGAACAGAAGGAGGAACUCGCUAAUAUUGCUCAGAGGAUCGUUGCUCCAGGAAAGGGAAUCCUUGCAGCUGAUGAAUCUGUUGGCACCAUGGGCAAACGUCUGAAGAACAUCAACGUGGAGAACACAGAAGAGAAUCGUCGGUUUUUCCGGCAGGUUCUGUUCACCGCGAACGGCGACAUCAGCGACUGCAUCGGGGGAAUCAUAUUCUUCCACGAGACGCUGUACCAGAAAACCGACGAUGGCACGCCAUUUCCGCAACUCGUCAAAGACAAGGGCAUCGCCGUGGGGAUUAAGGUUGACAAGGGUGUAGUGCCCCUGGCUGGCACAGACGGAGAGACGGUAACACAGGGUGAGUGUGGAACCCGGAGGGGGUGGUGGUGGGGGGUGCAAUUUACCUACAGCUCACGGACCCCCAUCCUGAUCGG